GUUAACCUCUAUUAUAUUUAACCAGUUCCACGUAACCUACAAAAUAGUCGAAACUCUAUAAUGAACACAUUAUCAUCGUUAUUUCUCUGUGUACUAUUCCAUCUUCUAUCGACAGUCGUCCACCUGGAUGAGGUAUUGAAGUUGCAACGAAAGCAGAAGAAAAGCAACCUAGUACCAGCACUCGCCGAUUAUCGAACUCCCUUGGACCUUCUAGAGAUACCAUACAUCGCCAUUUAAAAUCAUUAGAAACUAUGGCGUCGAACGUAGAACAGGCGGAGAUCAAAACCAUAGGGCCUCUUUCAAGUACUUUAGAAUUAUUCGAUUCUUUCAAAUCUCAACAAGAAGAUAAGGAUUCUGAUGAAGAAAGUUUCCACUUACCUUUGUUAAGCAGUGAUGAUGAUAACGAAAUGGAUGAUUGUAACGGAGAUAUACUGACGUCAAUUCCAAAGGGGGAAACUGAGAAUAACAUUUUGAAUAAAUAUGAAACGGUCACGCCGGAAACUGCCGAUGCAAAAGAAGAACAUUUAUUACUCCACGAAGGCGAUGGAACCGAUCUAAAUAACACAGGACUCAGAAGUGAUCAAAGUAAAAAGAAUUCUGAAGAUUCUGAUGUAUUUAAAGAUAUGGAAAUAAUCGAUGAAACAGAUGAGCCUUUUGAAGAAACAAAACAGAUCCAAGAAGAUAAUGAGGGUAAAGAACAAAUUUCUGAUUCAAAAAGUAAAGCAGUAGAAUCGGCGAAGAUGAAUUUAAACCUCGAUGAAAGUGAAAAACUUCCAAUUUCCAAUUCAUCAGAUCAGUAUACAUGUACUGCUGAUACGGGUGUUUAUCAACCUAUGAGUGAUAGUGAAAAUAAGGAUAGUGAAACGAUACAAAGUGAAAAUGACAGUCAAAAUCCUCCCAAGGUUGACGAUAUCUCGUUUGGACAUGAAGGUGAGAAGGAGGAAAUUUCUGGCGAUAUGAAAAGAAAUGAAGAAAGUACCUCUCCCGUUUCGACUGGCAAAAGGUCACUAAUUGAAAGCGACAAUGAUCAAUCUCCAUUGGUGAAUAAGAAAAUACGAAUGUCGGAAGAAUUUUCGGAGGAAAACCAAACGACCAAAUUAGAUAAGAGACAAGCGUUGUCGGAGAAGGAAUCCGAAGAAGGAGAUAAAACAUCGUUAGAUGAAAAUGGGAAAACGAAUUCCACGAAAAAUGAUAAAAUAAAAACAUUGAUUACGUUCGAAAAGUUUAUGAAACAGAGUAACUUGGGCGAAGGAAAAUUGACGCGUUCGGAUCUCGAACAAUUUUGCCUACAGAAAAUAUGUGAAGUUCUGAUACAUAAAACAGACACCGGAGAAUUACACCAGAGAAUAAAGAAGCAGGAACAAAUAAUAGAAUCAUUAAGAAAAGACGUUCAAGAACUUUCUAAACAAACUAGAGACUUGGAUAUCGUAAAUAAAAAGCUGAUGACCGAACUGCAAUCCCACAACAACAACCAGAAACCGAUAGUACCGUUAAAAAUAACUAGAUCAGUCGGAUUGCAGGUUAAAUUGACUUCCUUCAGGGAAUUGAUCUCCAGGAGGAGAACUCUACCGUAUAUGACAAUCCUGCCUCGAACACCAUCAACUCCCGUACCUCCUAACGCCGUAAAUCUUCAAAGGAACGUUCAAGUAAACAAUAGUGUUAUUCGACAAGUGGUACCGACUACCCCGUCGACGGCACCGUCGCCUCUUAAAACCCCGACUACGGCCCCGAUCUUAACUCAAGCUUUACAAAUCCGACCUACACCUGGUGUAAUCGAUUUUAUCGACGAAGAAUAUAGAACAGCCAAAAACGUAUCGCAAAAGUCGAUACUCAAUAAAAAUGCCGGUACCCCAAUAAAAAAUGUAAAUAAAAAUGGUAUGGCACAAAAUAAAGCGAGCCCCAAAGGUACUUCCGCAAAAGGGCAAUCGAAGACCGUAGCGGUUGGUCAAGCGAAGACGACUCCCACUGGAACCAAAGUCGGUUUGCAGACGAGUACCGUUACGACGUUACCGCAAGGAGUACGGUUAACUUCGGCUCAAAUGAAGAACGAUAUCGCGAUACCCGCUAGCGUGGUGACUUCCACUGCCGAGGGAACUACUCAACUUAUGUACGUGGGGCAACCGGAUUCCGCCGGAAAUUCGGGAACUGGCGUCCAGAAGGCGGUACUUUUAAAUUUCCAACCUACCACCAACGGUGUUCUAACGUCCCAAGAAAUGUCAUUGUAAGCGCAGAGACGUGUAUGUUAUCUAAACAUUGUAAUUUAACAGAAAGGUUUAUGUAAAUUGAAGAUAAAAGCCAAAUCUUAUAAUAUCUAGAUAACAGAAGAAAGAGCAAAUCCUAAGAAUCACCUAGUCAUUGGUAGUUUAAAUGUUUUAUGUUUUCAGAUAGUUCAAAAGAAAUUAAAUUUUGGAUAUUUAUUGUGUUGUAUAAUUUUAAUUUCUUUACUUAAAAAGUUUUGGGC